GAUUGCUCCCUUGAUUUGUCCGGCGUAAACAACUCGUCCCUUUUGUUGUUUACUGACACCGUGUUGUCGACUUGCAUAUACCGGGAUACUGAACAAUUGAAUAUCGUAGUAUUUGUGAUCCAACUUGUUUUGAUUUCCGGAUCUUUGGCUACGCGUUAUUCAACGUUCACGGUGGACGUUACAGUAUUCAAUUCUCGGCGGCAGUAUUCAAUUUGGUUCUCUCUUCGACGGAUUGCUUAAUUGGAUCCCUCGGUUUGGUGGUACUCGUAUCCGGAAGUGCCAAAUUGGUGCCUCUUCGCAAUGUCAGUCACCCGUGCAUCCACCCGGACAAAGGACUCAUCCAAGUCAAGGCAAGUCCCUCUUGUUGCUGUCUCCCACUCUGGCUCUCGGGUUAGCUAUAUAAAUUCAGUUAGCAGUACGCGCUCACGGCUCCUGCUUGCUGAGUUGAAAGAAAAGCAGCUCAAGGAGGAGCUAGAACUAGAAACUAGGGAGCAGGAACUUAGCAAACAGCGUAGACUGUUGAAAGCUAGACAGGAGGUCGAACUCGCCCAAUGUAGACUGUUGAAUGCUAGGCAGGAGGUCGAAUUCGCCCAGCGUAACGCCUUGCUUGAAGACGAACAAGGCGAUGUAGACCUGCCCGCACACCCUAUUUAUUCGUCAAACAGAGUUGACGAGUUUGUCGCGGAAUGUGCUGCGUUGGCUGCAAAUCAACCAUCCACCGGUUGUUAUAACGAUUUGCCGAAUGACCCCCUCACUGCCACGUUGGGAAACGCUAUAGCGUCCGCUCUCGUCCCACUUAUUGCGGAAGCUGGUCUCCCCAAGGUAGAGCUGGCUUAUUUCGAUGGGCACCCAGCUGACUACUGGAGGUUCGUCAAGCAUUUUGAGUUCUAUGUGAAGAGCAAGGUGGUAGAUGACGGAAGACGUCUGCUCUACCUCAUUCAUUACUGUAAGGGACGAGAUAGACUGGCUAUUGGCAACUGCGUAAUGCUGCCGCCCGGUCAGUGUUAUGAAAGAGCUCGAUGUAUCCGUCGAGACCUCUUCGGGCAAGCACACUACAUUGCUAGGGCGUCGAUAGAAGGCCCACUUCAAGGCGCGAAGUCCAUUCCCAACAACGUAGAUGCCCUGUCGGAAUUGGCCAUUAAGAUGGAGAACUGCCACAUCACAUUGAAACAAAGGAACUAUGAGGCAGAUGUAGACUUCUCCACCACCCUUGUAUAUAUAGUCCGUGCCCUACCGAACACCCUGCAGCACAAAUGGGCCAAAGUCGUCGAUCAGCUAACGCUUAGCGGUCAUGAGCCUAGUUUUCUGAAGUUAACCACAUUUGUUUCAUCGCGGACACGCAUAGCUCGCAGCCGGUUCGGACAGUUAGCCGAUCGAUCACCCCGUCGUGUCAAAACGACUGUUACGAGAGCUCCUCCAAGGAAAGAGUAUCCGGCGAUAAGUAGCCAUUACGCUGGUCGGAGAACUACGUCGCCUGCCCGCCCCACCCACUCCUGCCCCGUUUGUUCGGGCAACCGCUUGGCCGUGGAGUGUCGAAUAUUUAGAGAAGUGGACAUAUCGCUACGAUGGGAAAUGUUAAAAACCAAGAACCUCUGUUUCGGUUGCUUAAGACGGGGCCAUAUCGCCAAAAACUGUGGCAUUCGCCAAACCUGCAAUGCCGCUGGUUGCCAAUCUCGUCAUCACAGCCUGCUCCAUGGUGGCGAAGUCCCCAAGUUAACUCCCGCAGUAUCCACAGAUCAGGCUCGCUGCUGGAAACCAGGUAUAUUAAAAAGAGAUGUCAGAAAGGUGUGCCGCCUGGAGGGCGAGGAGUAGCAGCGCUUUAGUCUGGCUUGGAGUGCAGGGUGGUAGUCAUGGAAAACGGCUUUCACCCAAGCGCUUCGAUGCCCACAGACGCCCACGAACGGCGCUUGGUGGGAGUCAUGGAAAACGGCUCCUGCCAAGGCGCUCUCGUGUGGUUGUGUUGCUUUCCCUUCUGUUUUCCUAAGGAGCGCUACUGUAGGCAGUUGCAGGACCGAGAGCCAGAGUGGAGUCGGGGACGUACGAGACGUCAAUCGCAGAAGAAUUUCGGAGGCAGUGUAACGCACUUAUUUACCCAUGCAAUUCUUCUACUCUUCGCUUCGUGGUCUAGUCUGCACAGCUUGGCCGGUCGUUGAUGGAUAUCGACCAGCUUUCAUGUGCGCCUGCUUAAAUUCCCAUUGUUAGCGUUGUAUGUGUGUCUGUGUGUGCACGCUAAUCACCGGCACUGGUUCCGUGCGUGUGCGUCUACCGACGACCUUGGAUCUCCAACCCUACUCUUCGCCGAACAGGACACGUUCAGCCCGGAGCACGUGUCGCACCCACUCCCCCAUUCACUGGUCGCUUGUCCAAACACCAUGUUAUGCGUGCCAUUAAACUCUCACCCUGUGAUUGGACUAUUCCUUGAUUGGUCAAAACCAUUAGUCUUAAUGCUCGUAGCACUCAGGUGCGGUGAUUUGCUCCCUUGAUUUGUCCGGCGUAAACAACUCGUCCCUCUUAUUGUUUACUGACACUGUGUUGUCGACUUGCAUAUACCGGGAUACUGAACAAUUGAAGUAUGUCCCAAUUAACAACUGUAUAUAUUUUAAUAGUACCGUAGUAUUUGC